AUGUCUUGGAAAGAUAUCAACACGCACAACCGCAUCCUCCGCGACGCCGAGGCUGGCCAAUACGGUGUCAUCGCAGCAAUUGCUUAUAAUGUUGAACAAAUAUUUGGACUUGUAAAAGCGGCCAAGAAUGUUCGAUCCCCCCUCAUCAUUCAAUUUUUCCCGUGGGCAAUAGAGGUUUACGAUGGGCUGCUUGUACGCACCGCCGCCGACGCUGCCAAAACCGCCGGAGUGCCGAUUUCCAUUCACCUCGACCAUGCACAGUCCGAAGACAUCAUCAAGCGGGCGGCAGAGCUACCUUUUGAUAGUAUCAUGGUUGAUAUGUCUCACUAUGACAAGGAAAUAAACCUGAAAAAGACAGCCGAGCUUGUCGAGUACUGCAACCAGAGACACAAAGCAACAGAAGCCGAACCAGGUCGCAUCGAAGGUGGAGAAGACGGAGUCAUGGACACUGCGGGGCUUGAAGCCUGUAUGACAACUCCCGAAGAAAUAGAAGAGUUUGUAGCGACAGGAGUCGACUCUCUGGCUCCAGCAUUUGGCAAUGUACACGGAGAAUACGGGCCCUCGGGGCCUAGGUUGGACUUUGGCAGGUUCUCUCAAAUCCGUAUCCUAGCCGAUAAUAGAGUGCGUCUCGUGCUUCACGGCACAAACGGAUUUGCGCCGGACUUGAUGAAACGCUGUGUGGCAGCUGGUGUUACCAAGAUUAACGUCAACCGGUUGGUAUUGGAUGACUAUUACGAACAUUUGAAUGCAAAUGUAGGCAAGAUGGGCCAUACCCAACUCAUUGAAGAAGGCAUCGAGAAGGUCACCCAGUUGACUAUGAAAUGGAUGGAAAUUUGCGGGUCGUCAGGUAAAGCAUAG